CAUGGGGAGAUAACUCUUAUAUGACUGGUUAUUUAAAAUAAAAUAAAAAGUCGUCGAAAUAUGGCAGUCCCAAAAGGAGAAAGCCUCAGUUCUCAAAUACAGAGUCGAAAACCACCUAAGAAACUGCCCACACAGAGGAAAGCAAGUAAUACCAGUGGCAAGAUGCCUGUUUUAGCUCAGCCAAUACAUGUCGGACAUUUUCUACUUAUGGUUGUCAUGAAGCUGUGUCGCAAAGUUUUGCUCAUGGAUAUCUCCGUUAAAAUCGGUAUCUAUGUCGUUGGUGUCUUCGUUGCUUCUGUGAUAGCUGAUUUGUUUGUUGUACCACCAAUGUAUUUCUCUCGGAGGGAUAAUUUAUUGAACCUCUUCUUCGUUAAUUUCGGUUGGAUAUGGACUGUGCUGAUGCUAUCAGCUUUUAUAUCGCUAACGAGUUACGUAUACACUGGGUGCAAUGUGAAUUUGGUUAAAAAGCAUUUAUUGCGCUUAGCUAUUGCCACCUUUUGGUGGUACGUCUGUACAACCGCUUUUGAUCAUAUGGCUCAGAGGACAGGUAUCUGCACUGAAAUUAAGCUGACUACUAGGCAUAAAUGCAAAGAAGCCGGUAGAGUUUGGCUUGCAUUCGAUGUAUCCGGCCAUGUGUUUUUACUGACACAUAACUUGUUAACCAUCGUAGAAGAAUGUCGGGUUUUCAAAGACUGGAGGAGAUUACGCGAACUUUUACAGAAUCCUGAUGUUCAACAGAUGCGGAAAGUAAGUUCUGAGGAAGUUAAUUUAUCUAAGGAUGCCAACGAAAAGUUAACCCCUUAUAUUAAGGCGGCCGUCAUUAUGUUGACUUUCUUUACACUUGUUUGGGAAUUUAUGUUGCUAAUCACCAGUGUUUACCGGUUCCAUUCUCUUGCCGAGAAAGUUGCCGCAUCGAUGGUGUCUGUGAUAUGUUGGUUUAUUAGUUACCGUAUCAUUUAUCCUAAUUAUUCGCAUACUAUUCCUUAUCCUGGACAAACUCCCUUUCGUUACAUGACCUAAGAUUUUUUCUUUUGUUAUAUCAAUCUUUGAUAAUAGACCUUAAGGCAAAAUAAAUGGGUAUCAGACAUGUACAUUGUACCUUGGACUCGUCCUUUCAUCCUUUCCCAACAAAAACUUGGUACUGCUUUCUGUAGUGUAAAAAAAAAAAAUAUUAUUUUCUAAGUCUGUUUCGUUUACAAAGUUCGGUUUAUUUCCGAAAGGUACUGACUGUGAAACUAAAAUACAACUGAAACAAAAUGAAAUAUUAAAUUCAACUAAACCUUAUUGGCGAACCUUCAUAUUUAUUUAAUCACUUUAAAUGUCCGUGUGAAACCGAAAAACCAUGACUAAAAUAAGGUAUAUUACGUUUGUAAAAUCAAAAGAAAAUACAAACAAAUCUGAAAACAGUGUCAUUAAAUUAUUUUAAACACAAAAUUUUCUUCAACAAUUCAGUUGUCCAAGAUAUGUAUAUUUAAUAAUGUUUUUGAAAGGGAAUAACUGCAGUUUAGUGCCCCCCAACUUUGUUUCUUCCUCGCUUUUUUAAUAGUGCAUAUAUUUUUCUAAGAUUUUACAGAGGUGCGCUUAUGAAAAUAUCAUUGCGAUAAAGGAAGUACAUACUUUUUUUUCGAUCAUUCAAUAACUAAUACAGGAUCGUUGCACAGCAUACUGAUGUAAGAAACGACGUUUAUUGCACUACUUUCGAUAUGUAUUAUUUAUAGUAGGUUAAACAGAGAUUCGAAAUUUUAUUGUCAUGCUUACUUACCAAUUUUGAUGUUGAUAAUAAAUAAGGAUAAUACCUUUUUUCUCUUUGGUUAUAAUCGCAUGGAUUAUAAUUUUUUUUUAAAUUCAAUUUUAAUUUUCGUCAACAAUAUUGUAAUCUAUACUUUCAAAAUGUACCCCUGUAAAAUUGCGUUAUGACAAAGUUGUAGAGGGUGCACUAAACUGUAAUUAUACUUUGGAAGUAAACAAGGUUAGCAUUUGAUCCAAUAUAGUAACGACUCCGGAUUGCUGUUAUUUUAACCCUGCGUCAAAUCUGACCGUAUUUUGCGUUCGUGUUUUCUUUUGUGCUUACUUACGGUUAUGAUAU